GAUCCCCAACCUCGAUCCGAGGGAGUUGAAUUGGUCCCGCGCGAAAUCUCUCUCUCUCUCUCUCUCUCUUAAUGGCGACGGAGCCACGGCUUCUGUGAAAGAUCCCAACUGCAUAAUUGUGGGUUGUUGUGAUAUAAUCUAAGUCUUCUCUUCUCGGCUUCGAUUCCAUUUCCAUCUUCUCCAGUCCUCGGGGGUUGCUCGCUUUGUUAGGUUUAGGGUUUGGGCGUCGGAAUAUAAUACAAAGAUCGGUUUUUUAUUCGGAAAAAAAGAGGAGCUUUGGGCGGUUUCGUUGACCCGGGAAGCAUUAAAUUCGGCGGGAAGCGGCAGAAGUGACAUAUGGUGGUCGGCUUUGGAGAAGCCCUCUUCUGCUCGUCUUCUAUCUCUCUAGCGUUUGCUUGAGAUUUUCGGAUUCGGCGAUCCAUCUCUCUUUUGCUCUCUUGCUCUCGCAGUUCUCUUCUUUAUUUGGAAUGCUGUUUGGAAGGAGAAAGGUGUGGUCCUUUUGAGUAAAGAGUGUGUCUGGUUGGUUUCCAAGAGGGAAUGGAGCUCCGGAUUGUGAGGUGGAGGUUCUGAGGCUGUUGCUCUGUUUCUGGGUUUGGAGAGUUGCUGAUAUCUCAGUUCACAGCUUUUUUUGUCGCCGAAGUAUGUCGUUGGUUCUGGUAGCUCGGAAGGGGCGCCAUCAGCAGCGUUACGAAAAUGGGUAUCGGCUUGUCGCAGGAUGCAUUCCUUAUAGACAAAAAACAGACACAGAGUCUCACAGUGGCAAUUUGAUAGAUAGGCUGGAAGUUCUCAUGGUUUCUUCACCGAAUCGAGAUGAUUUUAUCUUCCCAAAGGGUGGAUGGGAGAAUGAUGAGAGUGUAGAACAAGCAGCACGCCGCGAAGCUUGGGAGGAGGCAGGUGUGGACGGGAUUAUUAGCGAAACUUGUCUGGGUUCUUGGAUUUUUAGAAGCAAGAGCAGACAGAAUAGUUGCAGCCAUGAAGGAACCUGCAAGGGCUACAUAUAUGCCUUGAAGGUCACCGAGGAGCUUCAGUGCUGGCCAGAACAGGCGAGCCACAAAAGGAGAUGGAUACAAGUGAGGGAGGCAUUUAAACUUUGUCGGUAUGACUGGAUGCGUUUCGCUCUUGAAUCAUUCAUACGACUAAUGUCGGACCAAACUAUGCUGCCUGCUCCUGAGUUGCCAGAACCAAAAAAAUUCCAGUUGCUUCAUCGGAACCCUUCCACAGCUGUACCAUUAGCUUCUGUGCCACUAGCUUCGACGAGCUGAGUUUUGUUAAGCCAGUCUUAUGUUCGUUCUCUCAUCUUUAUCAGAGAACUUGGGGCUUGGCUUUGUAUCAUGUCACUCUGUAACAUAAUGGAGUUGCUUGUUCUACAAAGUUCUUGGUGAAAAUGAGGCUCGUUUUGUUUACGCCAGAACUGUUGUGUGGAGUCCCAGACACAGGCGUUACUUUUGAUGGGGCAAUUUGGCAUUGGUCUGCUGUUGGGUGAGUCCCAAUCAUGACAACAUCUUGAUCAAUCCAAUGGCUGUCAUUGGGAAUCCAGGAUGGUUAUUAGUGUAGAGUGUGUCACUCAUGUUGUAAUUCUGCUGUAAUGAGAAUGGGUUCAUUUCCAUCCACUGGGCAUCUAUGUGUACAGUACUUUAUAUUUUGUUA